CUAUGUGGGCAUCCUAAGAUGACCAUCUACCUCAGUAAAUGUAGAGUGAGCAUUAGUAGCAUGUUAAAUCUAAGCUAUUAACAUUUUUAAACCCUUGUUAUACUGCAGUCCGUAAUUUUUGCUUGCAGAUUUUUUUAAUUCUAAAAAUGAGAAAUUAAGUCUGUUGUUAUAAGGUAUUUACCUUUUGUUUUCUUUUAAAACAUUUUUAAGUUGUUUAAAACCAUGUCCCUUAUUGUAACCUCCUGAGAUACAUCUACUUAGUUAAUUUAAUGUUGAGUUUUAUGAAAAAGCCCUGAAAGUAAAUGAUUCACUCCAUGUAUGCUUACAGAGCCUUCAAAUAAAUGCAUGAUGUUAUUUCUGUUUUAAAUAAAUGAGUAGGUUGAUUUUAUUUUCUUAAAGUUUCCUCACACUGAUAAUCUGGAAAAAAAAAAAAACCACAUUGAAUUUCAGUAUACCAAGGGUUACAAUGAUUUUGGUUUUCGUGAAAGUUCAAGAUUUCCUGUAGCUUAGGUGCCAAAUGGGCACUGGGUGUUUUAUUUUAUGCCAGAUUUUCUUGUUCAUUCUUGCUAUAUUUCUAGAAUAUCUCUAAAUAAUAAAUUCUUCUCUCUGUUAUUUGUGUGUGUGAUUUUUGUAGUGGAGAAGGCAAAUGCAAAACCCUUCCAGAUGCCUGAAAAACAGUGGGUCCUCUGCAGCUACAGGGGAUUCUAGACAUUAACUAAAGGCCAGCAAGCACUCAAGUGCCCCAAGUGUUUUCCUGGUGUAACCAUUUGUUAACUACAUUUUCUCUCUUUUUACAUUUUAGGCUGUUAAAGUAAUUUGACAGAAAAAAAAUGAGCAGGUUUUUUGGAUCUAAAAAGCCACUGUGACAAGAAAUUUUAAUACCAUUUUGUAAAAUUUUCUAAGGCGUAUUUCAUAAUUAGUUUGUUCCCAAUGUACUGCUGCUUGAUUUGCUUUUUGGUAACUAUAAAUUUUACUCGAAUCAUUGAAAUAUGAUAAAACUGCUGGAUUUUAAGUUAAUAAUUUAAUAUGCUGACCAGGAUUUAAAUGCUUUCCCCUUUCCUUAAUAAACUGGUCAGUGGAAGUGGAAUCUUAAUGCUAUCUGAAAUCUUUGAAUACAAAUGUGAACAUUUACACCAUACCUUGUAAAAGUUGUGAAAUGUCUAGUCCUUAACACUUAGAGAAAUUGCCUCUGGUUUUCUAAAGAAAUUAUAUUUGUAAAUGAGUUAAGGCAUGUUAUGUAAUACGACCUCUGUCUCCAUGAUAUUAAAGUGUAUCAGCCAAGUUUUAAGGUUUUAUAAUAUAUAGAUAGAUAAAUUUUUGAGUUAGUGUGUUUUGGUUAAGCAAUUUCUUUUAUGUCAGUGUGCCUGUUGUAGGAUAAGACCAUCAACAGAAAAUUUACAGAAUUCAAAUUCAGGAUGAAUAAAAUAGAGUAUAGGUCUUGGAACAAGGGUCAAAUCAUGUGAGUAAUAUGUAAAACAUUUUGGUUAGCCUGUAAAUUUAAAUUUUUUAUUGGCUAAGUAUUAUAGUUCCCAAUCCCUGAACAUAAUACAGUAUAUCAUAUAAAUGACUUUCAUAAAUAUUUUUAGGCCAUAGUAAUUUUUCUGGACCUAUUUUUGGAAGUGAAAUAUUUAGGAAUACACAGUACAUAGAAUUAGGGAAAUAUUUCAGAAUUCUCUUGUUGGUGAAUUUAAUUCUGGUAUGAUAUGCUGUAUUAAUGUUACCUCCAGUAAAUACCAUUCCCUCCAGAUUUAGCUAUUACACUUUGGUGUUAGCUCUUGGUCAGUGUUUUAGAACAGUAGACAUAGUCUACGGUAAGGAAUAGUCUUAAUUGGUAAAACUAAGGUAACUUAAUUUGGAAGGAACUCUUAAUGGUAAUGGAUUUGGGGAUUUUUUAGGUUCCUUGGUUAAUGUUUGUUUCUUUUGUCUGUUUCUUUUUCUUUCAUUUCUACACAUUCAUGCAGUAUUUCAUGGUUCUAUCAAAGCAGCAGUAAAAAAAAUACUCUUGACGCAUGAAAAUUAACUGGUGAGGGGCCUCAUUGCUAUUUUUAAAUUGUAGUUUUAUUUUUAAAUAGUCUUUUUUUAAUCAGAGGAUCAGAUGCAUGACUUUUUUUUUUUUUUUUAAUGGAUGCAGAUCUUCUAUCAGGUGUCUCACAAUAAAUUCAAGAGGAUUUUAGUUUGCCAGAAAUGUUGCAAAUGCACUAAUUUGAGUAAGAUGUUGUUACUGAAUAUAUCCUCUUGAGACAUAAUUUUGCAUGCAAAAUUAUCCCAUAAUCUUUGUAGGUUUGUUAAUAUUGAUGCAUUACUGCCCUAUAUCUAAAUGAUCUUCUCCCCCUUCCCCUCCAUAACUCUUGGUAUCUAAAUUGAUGACAGCUCUGACACAAGCAAGAUAACAGUGCUGUGUAGUAUACAUUUGUUUAUAUUAUCGGCACUUCUCAGUAUAGGUGGAAGGAACCAUUACCUUUAUUUAACAGUGGUUUUUCUUUUUUGUUGUUGUGUUUUACAGUUCUUUUCCCUGGUUCAGCCUGAACUAUAUACCAGGCCCUGCUGAAAAUACCACCCAACAGUUUUCUUCUGCAGCUUAUCCAGUUUCUCUUAAGUGCCCUGUACAUAUUGUAUGUUUUAUGAUGAGAUGCAGUUUCUUAAUAUGUAUUACAGAAAUACUACUGGUAUUUGCAAAUAUGUAGUUUAAUUGUAUUAUUGAACUCUCAUUUUGGGGGCUUGGGCACAUUAACAGAUUAAUCCAUCUGUAUAGGGCUUUUGCUGUUGGAUAGAAUUUAAAUUGUCUACAUAAAUAUUUGUUUUAGGACCCUUAGAUUUUAUCUGAAUACACAGAUUAGGCUUUAAAAACAGAUAUAUAUGUCAUUUUUGGCUUAAGGAGUUUGGCUAAGUUAGCUUUUCAACUGGCACUAUAUAGCAGCAUUUUUUGGUAUGGUUAGCAUGGCACAUGGCGAAACAUAAAGCAUUUUACUGUACAGGUAAGGAAUGUGCCAUGUUGUUUUACCUAUCUCUCUCUCUCUCUCACUCCCAUGCACACAUCCUGUGUGUAUUCAGAGACCUUCAGAAACAUUCAUAUUCAUUUUCAUGAGUCAGCAAAAGCCCUACGCUUGAUUCCAACAGAAUAUUUCCUUUACAUACUUUCUUCUCUUAAUUUUUACAAAAUUUGUAUGGUAGGUGUAAAAGAAAAUCAUAGUAACUGUACCAUAUUAUUAACCCCUAAAUCAAACUUUUUUUGUCUUGUGUAUCUUGAUUUUUCUGUGUGCUUUAUAGUGAAGCAGCCGACACGAGUCGUUGUUCAUAAAACAGCUUUUGAAAGUUGAGAGCACACCCCUGGAGAACCGACUGUGCUUGCUUACGUUUGGUUCAUGACUUAAAAAUCGAGUACAGGAGUUAUUCCUGAUGAAGCUAAGGCUUUGUCUCUGUUGGCACCAGCUAAUGCAGUGGCAGGUCUUCUGCCUGGUGGUGGACUCCUGCCUACUCCUAACCCACUUACCCAGAUUGGCGCUGUUCCACUGGCUGCUUUGGGGGCUCCUACUCUUGAUCCUGCCCUUGCUGCACUUGGGCUUCCUGGAGCAAACUUGAACUCUCAGUCUCUUGCUGCAGAUCAGUUGCUGAAGCUUAUGAGUACUGUUGAUCCCAAGUUGAAUCAUGUAGCUGCUGGUCUCGUUUCACCAAGUCUAAAAUCAGAUACCUCUAGUAAAGAAAUAGAGGAAGCUAUGAAAAGAGUACGAGAAGCACAGUCCCUAAUUUCUGCUGCUAUAGAACCAGAUAAGAAAGAAGAAAAAAGAAGGCAUUCAAGAUCAAGAUCACGUUCUAGGAGGAGGAGGACUCCCUCAUCUUCUAGACACAGGCGGUCAAGAAGCAGAUCGAGACGGCGGUCACAUUCUAAGUCUAGGAGUCGGCGACGAUCCAAAAGCCCAAGACGGAGAAGAUCGCAUUCCAGAGAGAGAGGUAGAAGGUCAAGGAGCACAUCAAAAACAAGAGACAAAAAGAAAGAAGACAAAGAAAAGAAACGUUCUAAAACACCACCAAAAAGUUACAGCACAGCUAGACGUUCUAGAAGUGCAAGCAGAGAGAGACGACGACGAAGGAGCAGGAGUGGGACAAGAUCUCCUAAAAAGCCUCGGUCUCCUAAAAGAAAAUUGUCUCGCUCACCAUCCCCUAGGAGACAUAAAAAGGAGAAGAAGAAAGAUAAAGACAAAGAAAGAAGUAGGGAUGAAAGAGAACGAUCAACAAGCAAGAAGAAGAAGAGUAAAGAUAAGGAAAAGGACCGGGAAAGAAAAUCAGAGAGUGAUAAAGAUGUAAAACAGGUUACACGGGAUUAUGAUGAAGAAGAACAGGGGUAUGACAGUGAGAAAGAGAAAAAGGAAGAGAAGAAACCAAUAGAAACAGGUUCCCCUAAAACAAAGGAAUGUUCUGUGGAAAAGGGAACUGGUGAUUCACUAAGAGAAUCCAAAGUGAAUGGAGAUGAUCAUCAUGAAGAAGACAUGGAUAUGAGUGACUGAAUAUUGCCUCUGUGGGAAUCCAACUGUAUACCUGCAUCAGUGUCAUUCCUUUGUGUGAUUUCUUAAUGCUGUAUUUGUUCAUCUCAAACCUAGAUGUAUACAGCUCUGAGUUACAAAUGGUUAUAAAGCUCCUGUUACUGAUAUUAGUUAUUUACAUCAAAAAGCUUUUAGAAAAUGGUACGAGGUAACCAAUUCUUGUCAUGGUGAAAUCUGAUCGAGUAACCAAGCAGUUUUACUAUUCUGGUGCUGCUUCAUAACAAAAAUGAAAAGCUGCAUGCAUCUACAUACAGCAGGCAUGGAUUGUUUAUGUCGUAUGAUCUCCUUUAUUAAGUAAGUUCACUUAUAGUAUUUCUAUAAUUUGAUUCAUUACCAUAAUAGGGCCAUGUAGGAAAUGCACUGAUUGCAUGUUAUUGUGGCAAGAAUAUCCUAAAUGUCAUUAAAAUCCUCCAACAUGAUGGAUCUGCUUAUGGUCUUGUUUGUUGACAUGACAAAUUAACAUUCUUAUAGUUACAUCUGGAAAUGAGCAUUUGAAAUAGAUAAUCCUGUAAGCCUUGUGGCAAAAUUUUUGUGGCUUUUAUUUAACUUUGAAAGGUUAUUAUGCACUAACCUUUUUUGGUGGCUAAUUAGGGUUUAAAUACAGAAACAAGAUUUCAAAUAAAACUGUCUUUGGCAGUGAGUAAAUAGCAGCAUAUUUUGAAGUAGAGUUGUAUACUUUUUCAUAAGAUGUUUGGGAAUUUUUUUUCCUGAAGUAAUAAUUUAUUCCACAUCUACAUCAGUGAAAGCUAUCUACCUAUCCUGAGUCCAUCUUAAAGGGAAAAAAAAAAAAAAAAAACUUAUCUCUUGCCUUUAUUUUUAAUUUUCCACUCUUUGAUUAAUUUGUUUUAAGCUCCGUGUUGGAAAAAAGGGGUAGUGCAUUUUAAGUUGACCUUCAUAUGCUUUUAAAAUAAGACAAAUCUACUUGAUAAUGUACCUUUAUUUGAUCUCAAGUUGUAUAAAACCAAUAAAUUUGUGUUACUGCAGUAGUAAUCUUAUGCACACGGUGAUUUCAUGUUAUAUAUGCAAAGUAGUUAGGCAACUGUUUUCUUAGUUACAGAAGUGUCAGGCUUCACUUUUGUGCAGUAGAAACAAAAGUAGGCUACAGUCUGUGCCAUGUUGAUGUACAGUUUCUGAAAUUGUUUUACAAGACUUUGAUAAUAAAACCCUUAAACUUAUGUUCAUGUUCCUGUAAAA